ACUUCAGAACAUGCACCAGUUUGAAGCCAGCUGCGUAAGUCAAACGUUCUAAAUAAAUACUAUCGGUUGCGUUAGUGUAAAAUUAAAUCCAACAAAUAUUUACUUAGUACUACGAAUAAAAUAAUACAAUAGAAAUGGUACAGAUUUUGAAAAUUAUUUGGAAAAUAAUAACGGAUCACUUUAGUAAUAUCGGCAAAGAUCCACGCACAAAUAAUUUACCAUUGAUAAACAGUUAUGCACUGGUUGUGCUUAUUAUCGGCCUAUAUGUGUUGGUGGUGUUGAAAAUUGGGCCAAAAUGUAUGCAGAAACGAAAGCCGUACAAUAUAAAAUCGGUCAUACAAAUUUAUAAUAUUUUUCAAAUCCUUAUGAAUUUGUACAUUUUUUAUGGUUUAACAAAACAUUUUGUAUUUAGUCCUAACUACAGUUGGUCAUGUAUGAAGUAUGAUCAAAAGGACACCAGCUAUGAUCUAAUGGGAGUUCGUAAAUUCGCUUACUUGUAUUAUAUUAAUAAAUAUUUGGACUUUUUAGAUACCAUAUUUUUUGUCAUGCGCAAAAAGUUCAAGCAAAUAUCAUUUUUACAUGUCUAUCAUCAUGGCAUCAUGGCCUGGGGUGGUUUUAUUUAUAUGAAUAGAUUUUUGGGAUCUUCAUUUACGGUAAUUGGUCAUGUGAAUAGCUUGGUGCAUGUCCUGAUGUACACAUAUUAUUUGCUAUCGGCAAGUGGUGGAAAGUUGAACGUGGACUCAUGGAAAUCACAUAUGACAAAACUACAAAUUAUACAAUUUUUUUACUUUACUGUCCAGUUUUUGACAACUAUUAUCAACAACAGUUGGUGUGGCUUAUCCAGUUUCUGGUUGGGUUUGCUGAUGGUACAGAAUCUAUUUAUGACUGCCAUGUUCUCACAUUUCUAUUGGAAAACCUACAUUGUAAAAGAAAGACAAAAGAAGUUGAAAACAUAAUCCCAUCUUUAAUGGGUCUUAUUCAUGGGUGAAACUAAUAAUAAACCAAAUUGUAUCUGCUCAUAUCAAUUCAUCAGAACUCUCUCGCUCCUAAUUAUUUAUAUUCAACACUUUUUUUUAUACAUUUGUUGUUAUUGUGCCCAUAUAUACACGUUUUAAAAUUAAAGAAAAAUACAAAAUUUAAAAAAAAAAA